AUGGAUCGCGAGGAGAAUGAACACUGCGCCUCUGAGGAAGCACUCGCCGCUGUUGAGGGCAAGGGCACGUUGACCGCGCCGAGCGACUUGCGACCUUUGCCUCUGCCCGCAGAACUGCCCGCAGAACUGCCCGACGCGAGAUCCAGUCGUUACUAUGGAGAGCAUGGAGAGGUCAAAGUGCGCUAUCGUCGCUUGGAGAACGAAUACGACACUGAGCAAGCACCGAGCGGCUUGCGGCCUUUUCCUCUGCCCGCAGAGCUGCGCGACAUGAUUUACGAUCUUUGCUAUGGAGAGGAGCGAGAGAUCAAAGUCCGCUUUCGUCGCGAUUGGCGAAGUUCAGAGAAACUCAGAGGCCCGGAUUUCGUGCGUACUACCUUCCCGACUACAUUCUUGGCUCAUCUGCUCGUCAGCAAGCAGUAUUUCGACGAAGCCGUCGAAGUCUGGGCGCAGAGCAAAGUUUUCAUCCUCAAUUAUCCAUCCUGUGAUUAUGAUUGGGCAUACAGAGCAGAUACUGCUGCCGAGAGGCAGCUGCUCAGGUUCAUCAGAUCUGUGAAGGUUAGCGACAUCUAUCCUCCGGGAGGCAGGACCAUUGCCACCAUGCUUAGUUUGCAGCAUGUCACAGUCCAGAUUGUGGAAUUAAUGCUUACCAGCGAGACGCUCAAAUGGUGGCAAAACCAAAUAAUCGAGUCUCUGCUCCAAUACCGUGGUCUGAGGAGCUUGACUCUCCAAUUGCAACAUUCGUGCCAAAGAACUACUCUCCAGGAGGCUGUGUGGAAUACAAAUUGGGACAGCUUCCAACUUCAAGUGCGAGAACUAGUCAACGACAUCGUGCUACAGCCGCGUGAGCAAACGAGCGCCACGAGGCGUCCUUGGACGUUCGAUCGUGCUUUGAAGGAGGCUAUGGCAGCCAGAAAUGCCCGCCACGGCCUCACGCCCACGCCCACGCUCAAGAUCGCGCCUAAACGUACCAUAACUAAGGGACCUCUGACAGACCUCGAGAUCCAACAACAGAGGCAGAGCUUUUGCUUCUUGCCCUGA